CUAACCAGCACGUGUGGGCUGCCGUGGGUUGCCUUUUUUAUUUAGAGAAGUCAUGGAGUGUAUUGUGUUAGUGAUCUGUGAUGUUUAUUGAAUCCGUUGUGAUUAGUUGUUCACCCAUGGGAAACCAGUUCACAUUCUGACAACCGGUGAUUUCCAAGAGCUGGUAAUUUAAAUGUGUGUCUCAAGUUGUCGUUUGAAUUAAGAGUGUUUGUUUUGUUAUAUGACAUGAGAAUUUGACAUAGUACUUAAUUGUUGGCCUUCGAUUAAGUUGGAUUCGAAAUCAAAUUAUAUUUUUCAGAGAAUAUGCAAAUAAACCAUCUUAAGUUUCCAGAUACAAAGGGAAAAAGCAAACAAACAAACAACAACAACAAAAAACACCUUCCUGUGAUCUCCACAAAAGGAAUCAGCAGAAGGAGAAGCAGCAAGUUUUCUGCACAGGCUGUGCUAACUUCCAUUUGUUUUAAAUUUGUGUUGAGGAUUGACAAACAUGGAUUUGGGUUAUGCACCGAACUGAAAUUCUUGAUGGUUAAGAGAAGCAAGAUCACCAAAGAGUACUAACAAAUCUCCUGUGUAAGAGAUGGCAUGACAUUUGUCAUAUAUUCACUGCUUUGUAGAGAAAAUUAAAUUUCAAUUUAAGCCCUCCUGUUAUUUUUUGUUACUUCUCAUUUCCUGCCUUUCUCAUGCCUCAUCUGUUUGCCCUUUCAGUUCCCAGACCUUCCAACUGCUAGUGUUGGCGGUGCCGAAGGAAAUACUGGGUCUGUACAGGACAGCCAUUUUGAGUUAUGUGCUCAUGAUCUAUUGUUUUCCUCCAGAGAGAUCCCUGAAUACAUUACACAGGUCCAAUACUAAAUUUGCAAAUGCAUGUUGUCUCUUUUCUAUUCCCUUUUUUAUUAUCUGUUGGAAGAAAAUGUAAUCUAACCUCAGGAGGAAAGAAAGAAAGCAUGAUAUGCUCAGGAGCAUCUGCUGUUUCUGUUUAGACACCUGGACAAAGAUGUAGAUGACAGAAAGGUGUUUUCCCCUUCGGGCUUGGAAUUAAAUCUCUCAAGAGCAGACCAGAACGUUUCUCUGAGGAAAUGGAUACAUCUUCCCCAAAGUACCCAGUCAAAAAGCGAGUGAAAAUUCAUCCCAACACGGUAACAGUAAAAUAUACUUCUCAUUAUCCCCAGCCAGGAGAAGAGGGAUAUGAGGAUGGUAAUGAAGAUACUGGAGUAUUUAUGGAGGAUAAUCCUAAAAAAAGACUAUUGAGUGAUGGGAGAAAGAGAGGAAGGACCUUUUUUGGUACUAUAGACACCCAGCUCCAGCCAGCACAACUACCAAAAGCCAAUGAGAUGGGGCAUUUCCAGAACUUUCCCGAAGGAAAUAUACUGCAGUCGAGGAAAAUGUGGAUAGUCCUUUUUGGAUCUGCCGUGGCUCACGGAUGCGUGGCUCUAAUUACGAGAUUAAUUUCGGAUCGUUCCAAAGUGCCAUCCCUAGAGCUGAUUUUCAUCCGCUCCAUCCUACAGGUGCUGUCCAUUACCGUUGUGUGUUAUUACCAUGAGCCACCCUUUGGCCCCAAAGGAUACAGACUCCGGCUCUUCUUCUACGGGGUCUGCAACGUUAUCUCUAUUACCUGUGCUUACACUUCCUUCUCCAUAGUUCCCCCCAGUAAUGGGACCAUCAUGUGGAGGGCUACCACUACAGUGUUCAGUGCCAUUUUGGCUUUUUUAUUGGUAGAUGAAGGAAUGGCUUACGUAGACGUAAUUACUGUCAUUGGCAGCAUGUUUGGUGUCUGUCUGGUCAUGAUCCCCAACAUCGUCAAGGAAGAAAACUCUUUGCUGAGCACCUGGAAGGAAGCUUUUGGCUACACCAUGACCGUUAUGGCGGGCUUGACCACUGCUCUCUCCAUGAUAGUCUACAGGUCAAUCAAAGACAACAUCAGCAUGUGGACAGCACUGUUCACCUUCAGCUGGACAGGAACAGUGUGGGGAGCAUCCACCAUGUUCGUGCUUCAGGAACCAAUUGUCCCGCUGGAUGGAGAAACCUGGAGCUAUCUCCUUGCCAUCUGCCUCUGCUCCACAGCAGCCUUCCUGGGGGUCUACUACGCCCUGAGCAAGUUCCAUCCUGCUUUGGUCAGCACUGUACAGCACCUGGAGAUAGUCAUCGCCAUGGUCCUGCAGCUCAUCGUGCUGCGCAUCUUCCCAGGUACUUAUGAUCUUAUUGGGGGAGCAGUUAUUUUGGUUAGUGUUUUUUUUCUUGCGUGUUAUAAACUGUCCUGGAAGAAUUUAGGAAGACAGGAUUAUCAGGAGAUUGUGGAUUCUUCCAUUAAAUGAAGCACAGUUUUGUUGUCCAGUUCUGGUUGCGUGACCACAUGAAAGUGAUAUAUUCCAACUCUGUUGUGUUCUCGUGUACUGGUCAGGUCCUCUCUCUGCUGUUUAACUUCACAGCUGAUGUAGAAACAUUGGUAUUUUCAGAUUUCCGUGACAGGUAAACUUGUUCUAGUGCAUACAACCACUGACAUUUUUAUGUCAUAUUAGAAAAGGGUAUUUGUCUGCAGCACAUAGGGUGCGUGAGGAAGCACAGAUGGCCUGCCAAAGUGCAGGCCAAGCCGUAGGCAUUUUCCUCCUCACCUUCCUGGGAUAAGGCAAGAUGGAGACAGAGAGAUUCACUGGAACGCAGUCCCGUGCGUUGGCAUAGUAGGAAAUGAACAGUAAAAACAUUAAAAUGGUCAAGCAGAGUGUUUGUGUCCUCCGUAACUCUUCUUCCACUUUGGCUGUAAUGUUCUAAGUGAAGAAAUGGUAAUGUUUCUGUGAUGGCUACUUGUGUUUCCUGUGUGUGUAUAAACAAAAUAAUACAUCAGUAAAGCAUUUUCUGCUCUGUG